CAGUGACAGCUAGCUGUCAGAAAGUGAGUUCAUUCCCCGGAGCAGAGACACGGAGAGCGUUGACAAUAGUUUUUUUUUUGCCUUUCCGUUCAUUACCUUGUACCUUAAACCGGCGACACAAUAGACAGGGGUUUUUCACCGAGCCCGGCCAUGGACGAACAGGCAGGGCCCGGCGUGUUCUUCAACAACAAUAACAACCCUAUUCUACCCGGUGGUGGUAAGGGACCGCUGCCUGAUGGCGACGCUGGGGAGGCGGCCCGGGCUCAGUACAGUAUCCCGGGGAUCUUGCACUUCCUGCAGCACGAAUGGGCCCGUUUCGAGGUGGAGAGGGCACAAUGGGAGGUGGAGCGGGCCGAAUUACAGGCCCAGAUCGCCUUCCUGCAGGGGGAGAGGAAGGGCCAGGAGAACCUGAAGAAGGACCUGGUGAGGCGGAUCAAGAUGCUGGAGUUUGCCCUGAAGCAGGAGCGGGCGAAAUACCACAAGUUAAAGUAUGGGACGGAGCUGAACCAAGGUGACAUGAAGGCACCAACCUAUGACUCUGAUGAGGCCAAUGAGAACGAGGGGCCCGGCCAACUCAACAAUCAGCUGUCGUGGAAACAAGGCAGGCAGCUCCUCAGACAGUACCUCCAGGAGGUGGGCUACACAGACACCAUCCUCGAUGUGAAGUCCCAGCGGGUGAGGGCCUUGCUGGGCCUGGCUGGGGACAGCGGAGGGGGGAAGCCGGGAGAGAAGGCCAGCGCGGAGCCCCUGGUCAACGGGACGGACACCUCGACGAAGGGCAUGGCGACCAGAGGGAAAACGGAGUUGUCGGACCCCAGCGCCGUGCUGGAGGCCUUCAAGUUCAUCGAGAGCACGGCGGCGGAGUACAGCGACGAAGACGAGGACGAGGAGGGCGAGGGGAAGGAGCGCACCAUCAUGGAGUCCAGAACGAUCCUGAGGAAGAAGCCGUCGUCGUCGUCUUCCUCCACCUCGGUCCCGGCCAGCAUGGACACCAGCGAGGACCCCGACACAGAAGAGGCCCUGAAGGGCUUCGACUUCCUGUCCAGCCCGGACGAGAUGGACACCUCGCCCGAGUCAAGGGGCACGGGCGACGGUACGGACUGGGACAAGGACGAGCAGGACUCUGAGGCCUGGGAUGUGGACCAGGGCCUGAUAACCAAACUCAAGGAGCAGUACAGAAAGGAGCGCAAGGGCAAAAAGGGGGUGAAGAGGCCCAACCGGUCCAAGCUGCAGGACAUGCUGGCUAACCUCCGCGACGUGGAGGACUUGUCCCACAUGCAGCCCCCCGCCGCCCCCCAGGCCAGGCCCAGCGUGCCACGCCUCAACGAGCACGAGGCCAGCCGGCCGGACGAAGUGGAGGCGCUGACCUUCCCCCCCGCCUCGGGGAAGUCGUUCAUCAUGGGGGCCGACGAGGCCAUGGAGAGCGAGCUGGGACUGGGCGAGCUGGCGGGGCUCACCGUGGCCAACGAGGCGGACAUCCUGACCUACGACAUCGGCAACAACAAGGACGCGCUGAGGAAGACCUGGAACCCGAAGUUCACCCUGCGCAGCCACUUCGACGCCAUCCGGGGGCUGGCCUUCCACCCCAUUGAGCCCGUCUUGGUCACGGCGUCCGAAGACCACACCCUCAAAAUGUGGAACCUCCAAAAGACAGCUCCCGCCAAAAAGAGCACCUCUCUAGAUGUAGAACCUAUCUACACGUUCAGAGCUCACCGGGGAGCUGUUCUCUGUGUGGUGAUGAACAACACGGGGGACCAGUGUUUCAGCGGGGGCGUCGACGGGACCAUCCAGAGCUGGAACACGCCCAAUCCCAACAUCGACCCGUACGACUCCUACGAGCCGUCUGUCCUGCGGGGGGCGCUGUCCGGACACACGGACUCGGUGUGGGGGCUGGUGUACAGCAGCGCCCACCAGCGCCUGCUGUCCUGCUCCGCCGACGGCACCGUGAGGCUGUGGGACGCCAACAACACCAACCCCGCGCUGGCCGUCUUCAACGAGAACAAGGCGCUCGGCGUGCCCUCCUCCGUGGACCUGGUGUGCAGCGAGCCCGCCCACAUGGUCACCUCCUUCACCAGCGGGCAGAUCGGCCUCUUCAACAUGGAGACCAGACAGCUGGUCCUCAGCCUGGAGACCGCCGUGGACUCGGGCACGCCCUGCCAGAUCAACAAGGUGCUGAGCCACCCCACGCUGCCCAUCACCAUCACGGCCCAGGAGGACCGCCACAUCAAGUUCUACGACAACAACAGCAGCAAGCUCAUCCACUCCAUGGUGGCGCACCUGGACGCCGUCACCAGCCUCGCCGUGGACCCCAACGGACUCUACCUGAUGUCGGGCAGCCACGACUGCUCCAUCCGCCUGUGGAACCUGGAGAGCAAGACGUGCAUCCAGGAGUUCACGGCGCACAGGAAGAAGUUCGAGGAGUCCAUCCACGACGUGGCCUUCCACCCGUCCAAGUGCUACAUCGCCAGCGCCGGGGCCGACGCGCUCGCCAAGGUCUUCGUAUGACGCGGGGGCGGGCCCAUCACGCCUCGCCCCGCCCUCCUCCUCCUCCUCCCCCCCUCAACCGCCACCGCAGUCCCCACCACCACCACCACCACCACCGCCGCUGGCACCGCCCGCCCUCGCCCACAGACGCAGCCUCCAACGGGUCAGGGACCAAUCAGAGAGAGAGAGACGGACGUAAGGGCGGGGCGAACGCCGCACGCAGGUUUCCAGUGAUCGCCGGCGCCCGCUGCCCUCCUCCCUGAACGUGGGUUGGUUGGUUCCCCCCCCCUCCCAUUUUGACGGGCAGACUAUGUAGCCAAUCCCCUGCUCCCCUCCGGGGGGGCGGGCCCUGAACGCUCACGCUGUGCGGGCCGUGGUUGGCUGGGAGGCGCGUUCGAUGGACAGACGGUUCCGGGGCGCACGGUACCCGAGACGCCCAUCGAGCAUCCAGGCCGGACCUGGUUAACUGACAACAAGAGGACCCUCUCUCACACACACAACCCCUAGCCUACCCCUAGCACCUAGGGGCUCAUCACACACACACACACACACACACCUGCACUUGCAUCUCACACACACAGUCGCAUAACACGCACACACACACUCGCACCGCACACACUCGCAUAACACUUACUCACACCCGCAUACUGCACACACUUGCAUAACAUCCACACACGUACACAUAACACGGACACGCAGCAUUAUCCACUUCACAGGAGAUUGAAGAGAGUACACUGGAGAAAUGAGAUUUUAAACCGCUCCUCUGCCCCCCCCCCCCCCCCCCCCCCCCCUCCGCUCCCCCAGGUGUGAGCCGCUGCUCCCCCACCUGUGAUAGUGUUGCAGACGCGGGGGUCUCUGCAGGUUUACCCGAGCUAUUGUGGAAAUAUUCUUUGGCUUUUCUCUAACCCCCACCCCCACCCCACCCCUGAGACGGACUCUGCCUGCCCGCCUGCUUGCCUUUUGCUUUUCUUUAGAAAAAAUAUGACAACAAAACACUUAUUGACAAAUGUGCCUUUGAUUAAAAAGAAAAAGGUAUUGAAAAAUGUAAUUUUACCUUCCUUGUUUUGGGCAGCAGGAAGGGUUGGGGUCUAUACGCUGGAGGUAAGGGUUGUCACAAUGUUGUCCAUUUUAAGAAAACAUUGGAUGUACAAUUACAAAUACUUAUAAUAAACAAAAAUAUAUAUCCAGUCUUAAAAAUCUAUCGUGCAGCGUGAGUUUGAUUUCCUGUUUUUGGUAAAACGUGGCCGGGGAAUCACAUUCUGUUUGUUUCAGUUUGCGUUUUAUUUUCGCUGGGGAGUGCAGCUGGCAGAGUGACACAGAUUACUGAGUAUAUUGCCUGUGUGUUGAUGAGUUGUACACGUGAAAGAGCUAAGAUAACAAAAAACUAUGUCUAAACAAUGUAAACCAUUUUGGUUAUAUAACUACAAUUUCAAAUUGGUCCUACCUACUUGUCCGUUUUAGGAAUAUCCAUUUGAUAUUUUGGCCAGUUUGCUCUUGUUUUAAUGGAUUGGCUUGUGCUGUAUGUAGUUUUCCCCCGAUGGGUAAGACCUGCCCGAACCGCAGUCUUGACUGUUCAUGUCCAAAAUAUAGAUGAGUAGACCAAUGUUUAGCAGGACGGUUGGCGCAGUACAUUAUAAGACUAUUCUAACUGAAAAUGAAACCUAAAGGAGCGGCGUCUAUGGUUAUCCUUCGGACCGAAAGGUUUUACUGGUAGGAUGUGUGCAGAACCGGAGUGGUCAGAAUCCACAUUAUGUUUAAAGUACAGCUUCAAUGAGCCUCUUUCUCAGUCACUGGUUUGUAUAUGAAAGUCUGUUCCAAAUAAAAAAACUGCUGUAAAAUCUUAA